AUGGAAACAGCUUCUGGUAAAUACUACCACAAUAAUAGAAGAAAUCUCCAAAAAGAUAAUCCUUCUAAUCCUAAGAAAGACAAUUUACUAGUCUCUUCUAAUGGUUGUAAUGGACUCAAAUUGACUUUCCCUGAUGGUAAAUGUGAUUCCUUGGCACUGCAGCAAAGAGCUAGUAAUAAAGAAAUCAGCAAUAUCGAUGAAAUGGAUUUAUUGGAGCCAUCUUUUUCAGUAAAUCCAGAUACUAAUAGAGAGAAUAUUCUCUCUCAAUCAAGUGAGUUUGAAGAUAGUAUUGAAUAUGAUUUUUUGAAUGAAACAUACUCUAUACAUUAUUCAGAGUCAAAACUCAAGAAUGAAGAUCAUUUACAUUCAGAAUUACAUACUGAAGUACAAAACAGAGAGGAGGCAUUUGAUACUUUAGAACAUCAAGGGAACAAAACUAUUGGCUUUGGAAGAACCCACAAGGUUUCAGAUACUAGCUAUGAAGAAACUGCUGAAGAUGCAGCAGAGAUUAAUGUAGAUGAAGACUCACAGCUGGAAUAUCACAGUGCUGAGCAGGAAUAUAUAAAUAACCAUUUAUCUUUUGACCAAGCCAAAACAUUAAGUGUAUCUAAUCUGCAUUGUGUUGAAUUGAGUAAUUCAGGUUAUGAAGAUAAAUGGGUUAGCGGUCUGGAAGAUGAUCACGUUCAGUUGGGAAGUGGUUCUGUUAUUUCUUUGGAUUCACUUAAUGAAUUCACUUUUGCACAAGAAUACUUACCUCCUGUCUCUAAAUCUCAAAAUUCUGCUAUGUUAAAAGAAUUCCAUGAACCAAAGCAUGACAAAUGUAAGGAAAAAGAGACUGGUUUAAUGUACCAUAUAGAAUUUGAUGAUACUAUACAAAGAAGCAGUUCUCUCUUGGAUCCUCAAAAACCACUCAAAGCUAAAACUUGCACUGAAAAAAAGAAAUCCCAAACAAUUUCAAACAAAGAUUUUUGUGGAACUGGGAUAGUUGAGGAUGAAAUACUCCAGCACCUUGACCAUUCUAGCAUAUCACCCCAGGAAAAAGCUUCUGAGACACUACCUCAAGUCAGGAACGAUGGCCAGACCUCUAUGACCUUUACUUUUGAUGACUCACUCAAUUCUGCCUGUGGCCAUUCACAAUAUAAAAGCCUGCAAAGCACCCCUAACUCAAGGAUUUCAGCCAUACAGAGUCAGGCAGUGACAGAGGACAGCUGCCUACAAGUUGUAAAUAGUACCACAAAUAAAACAUGUCCUCAGCCAGUGACUGAUGCAGCAAGUUGUACCAUCACUGUUAGUCAGACACUGGAUGUUGGCACUGAUUUUAAGGCUUGUUUCACAACCAGCAGGACAACAAAUGAAAAAUCCCCUGUUGUAUCUACAUCAAGCAACACAGAGAUAACAAUGAUGGACAGAAAAUGCCUUGAUGAAUGGCCAAGGGAAAGACAAAGAAGUGUGGCCUGUAAUACAGAUUGGGCACACCUUCAAGAUUGCGUUGACACACUGAUGGCAGUACCAGUAGCACCAGGAAGAUUGCUGUCAGUUGACAGUGUAAAACCCAGUGGAUAUUCCCUAGAUAAGGAUUCCUUGGAAGUUAGAAAAAUGUUUGACACAGACUUAAAGAAACAUCCUGAGAGAGAAUUGCAGUUUUCUGAAGCGAUGGAGAAGAAUUUGGCAUCAGAAUGCUGUCAGAGAACAAUGCACAGAGCCAUAAAAGCAGAGACACACCUUCUCAAUGUUUACUACCAGACAUGCCGCCGCCAUUGCUAUCAUAUUUACAAACUUGUGAUGCAGAACAGAACAGCGUUAAAUAGGAAUUUACCAAAUAAUUUUGCCAAGAAGGAAUUAGGAUCAGCACUGCUGUCUGUUUUGGAAGACUUAAAAGUUAGAUACAUGGAUUUGAAAGAAAGAAUACACAAGGGCAUACCACUGGAAGAAUUGCCCCCACUGUCAAUAGAAUCAAAAAUAUUAUCUGUCUUCUCUGCUUUUGCUUCCAGGUUAAUGAAAGAAGAUAUACUCAUUGGUCAUCCUAAACAAGAUAAAUCACCCAAAGAGGAUGGUUUUAAAAAUUAUGAUACAAAUGUAAACUUCAGCCAACUGAAACUCAAUGAUGAAGAGUUCAGGAAUCGCUGUGAAGUAAGUGAAGAUUGGUGUGAUGCUGCAGAGAACCUAAUGGGCAGUGACAUCUCAGGAGCAAAGGAAGACCAAAUAGAGCCCGACGCGUGGAAUCUAAAUUGUCUAUUAGAAAAGAAGCAUGUUGAAUUAUUUCAGGGAGAUAAAGGCUUUUUGUUACAUGUUGGUGAUCUCUGCUCUUCAGUAUCUGAGGCUGAUUUAAGGUAUCAUUUCCAGAAAUAUCAAGUUUCUGAAAUUUCCAUUUAUAAUUCUUCCACUGAUUACAGAUAUGCUUCUCUUGCUUUUACAAAAAACAGUGAUGCAAAGAGGGCUGCAAAAGAAAUGAAUGGGACAGAAAUAAAUGGGAAAUCAGUAAAUGUGCGACUUGUUAAAAAUCCUGCAGAACAUACACAGGACAGAGUUCAUUUGGAGAAAAGCAGCAAAGAAGUGAGCCCAGCCUCUGCUGUUUCUAGAUUACCCCAGACUAGACCUAGAUGGCUAGAGUCUGAGCAAGACAGCGAGUCUUCUUGUAUGGACCACAAGGGUAUAAAGAAGAAUUGUAAACAGGUUCAGUCUCAUUUAUUACCUAAGACAUCUGCUCAACUCAUACCUCCAGAUACAUUGAACCUUCGUAGCUUUACGAAGAUCAUGAAGAGACUGACUGAACUGCAUCCAGAAGUCAACAGAGACCAGAUUAUAGAUGCUCUUCAGGAAGUAAGAACAAACCAUAAAGGUUUUCUGAAUGGCUUAUCUAUUGGCACUAUUGUGGAAAUGACUUCAUCUUUUCUGAAAAAUGGUGCUUCCCAUUAG